AUGUCAAGUGUGAAGAGUCUAUUGAAAUUAGCCAAAACAGCAUUAGAGCAAAAUGAUCCAGAGGCUGCAUUAAAUCAUGCAAAAUCAGUUAUAGAAUUAGAUCCAACUUCAUAUUAUGCAUUUGUAUUUAGAGGAAAAGCAUAUCAAUUAUUAAAUGAUUUACCAAAAGCUAUAACUUCUUUCAAGAGGGCCACUGACAUUGAACCAAAUAAUAUACUAGCUUGGAAAGGAUAUUUUCAAAUUGUCAAAAAUCAAGAUGAUUAUGAAUUAUUUUUUGAGGUUUUAACUACAUUAUGUGAAAUAUUGAUUGAUCAAGGAAUAUCUAUUGCCGACGCACUUAAAGAUUUAAGGUCGUAUGUGGAUAAAGAAAGACAUAAAAAUAAUGAUAAAUUUUAUGAAUAUUAUUUAAGGUCAAUUUUACCAGGUACAAAAUUAGGUGAAUUAAUUGGAUCAUCAAUUGAAAAUCCAGACUUUACAUAUAAAAAGCUUUUAGACUUUAAACAAUCUAAGCUUGAAAAAGAAGUUGUCGGUAGAGUGGCAAAAGAAAGAGUAAAAUUUGGUAGAGUCUUAACAUUGGAUCAAAAAAAUCAGCUAGAUUCAAUAGCUUGGCUGUAUCAUGAAGAUGGUGAUAUAAUGAAUCUUUAUGAAAACUUCCUAAAUGUUUGUGACGAUGAAGGGUUAAGGAGAAAAUAUGAAGAAAAAUUUUUAAAAUUCAAAUAUGAAUUAUUGAAAAUAAUACCGGAAAAGGAACCAUUAAUUGAGAAUAUCAAACAACAAGUUGAUGAUAUGAUACUAUUGAAAACGACAAGUUUAUUCUGCUGGAAUUUAUAUUUUGAUUGGAAUGAUGAUAAAACAGUUAAUGAAAUAAAUGAAACUAGAAUAAUUGAGUAUUUACAACUAUUUCAAAAUGAAGGUUUGGGAUUGAUAUUAUUUGCAUUUGUAAUGAGUGAUAUAUCUCCGUAUGACAAAGAAAAGAUUGUCAGAGGAUUGUCUGGUAAGGGAGAAAAGAAUUAUACCGUAUCCGGAAACGAACCAGAGGAAUUGGUUGAUGAAGUUGAUCAUUCACAAUAUUACUUACCACAAGAUGAAGUUUUGGGAGUUAUGUUAGAAGGAUACACCAAAGCAAAAGGUUCAGUACUUGCGAACAGAAUAAUAGUGAAUUUUUAUAUACAUUUAAGAGAAUAUCAAGUAGCUUCAGAAAGAUGUCGGGAAGGUAUUAAAAUAUUGGCAGAUAUUCAAAGAUCAUUUGGAUUAGAUUUGCAAAACACAAAAGAAGACUUUUUAUGUUCAUUAGCAAUUGUUUAUACUUAUUACGAAGCCCCUAAAAAUUACAAUCGUGCUAUUCAGUUAUAUGAUAAAAUUCUUGAAAGUAAUUCAGAAAAUGUAAAAGCAAAAGUUGGUAAAGGAUUAAUUUAUGUUGAAAGAGGUGAACUAGUAGAAGCUAAAACUUUACUAGGUGAUAUAGUUAAAGAUUAUCCAGAUAAUCUUGAAGCAGAAUCAGAAUAUUAUUGGUGUUUGGUUAAACUUGGUGAAUUUGAAGAAGGUCAAACAGGUUUACAGAAUUUUGUAGCUAAGAUUACAGGUGGAGAUUUACAUAGUCGUGAAGUCAGAGCAGUUGCUAAAUGGAGAAUUGCCAAAAGUUUUUACGACGGGGGUGACAUCAAUGAAUGUUAUAAAUACUUAAUUGACUCAUUGAAAGAUUCCGAUCUUUAUGCACCAUCAUAUACUUUAUUAGGUAUAUUAUUCCAAGAACAUUAUUCUGAUACAGAAAGAGCACAAAAAUGUUUUUAUAAAGCUUUUGACUUAGAUUCAAAUGAAAUUAUAGCAGCCAGAUAUUUAGUUGAACAAGCAACCGCCAAGAAUGAAUGGGAGGUUGCAAAAGUUUUAGCAAAUAGAGUUGUGACAAAUGAAACUUCAAGAAGGUUAAUUAUGAGAGGCGAUACACAGGAUCCUUCAUGGGCGUAUAGAGUAUUGGGCUGUGGUGCAUUAAACAUUCAAGAUGAUGCAAAGGCAGUAGAGUGGUUUCAAAAUGCAUUACGUAUCAAUUCUGGAGAUUAUGAAUGUUGGGUUGGAUUAGGUGAAGCAUAUUUCAAUUGUGGUAGAUUUGAUGCAGCAGCAAAAGUGUUUCAGCAUGCACUAACAAUGAAAGAAGAACAAGAUUGGACUGUGUUGUACAUGUUGGGAGUUGUAACUUGUGAAAUGAAAGAGUUUAAUGAAGGUUUAACUUAUUUAUAUUCAGCUUUAGAAUCAAGACCAAAUGAGGAAUGUAUUAUUAGUGCAAUUUAUGAAGCUAACAUUGAUAAUGCUAAUAAGUUUAUGCAAACUGGAUUUUAUGGUAGAGCUAUUAAUGCAAUUUCAAAAGCCUUGAGGUUUAUUAAACAAGCUGUUGUUUUGAACAUGAAAUCUCAAAAAGUUUGGAAAGCUCUUGGUGAUAGUCUAAAGAUGUUUUUGAAAAUUCAACAUUAUAUUGAUAAAGUACCAUUUGACGACAUAUUUGCAAUUUUUGACGAAAUAAAUUUUGAACAUUUUGAGUAUCAAUUGGCUGAUUCAAUAUCAUUGGAAAAUGCAAAAACUUAUUUGAAAGAGAAUAAGAAAGUUGAAACUUUGACAUUACUUGUAAUUUUAUCAUUUGCAGCAGCUUUAAACAACUUAUCAACAAAAGCAAACAAAUCAUUAAAAGCAACAGCAUUUUACAAUUUUGGAUUGUCGUUAUUAGAAGCCGGUCAAUCACUAGACAUACCUGAAUAUCGUGAACUUUCAAUUCAAUAUUUAAAACGUGCCAUAAAAAUAGAAAAUAACAAUGCAAAUUAUUGGAUUGCUUUAGGUAAUGCAUAUUUCACCACCAGCCCACAAAUUUCACAACAUUGUUAUAUAAAAGCCAUAACAUUGGAAGUGAAAGAUUCAGAAAUUUGGGUCAAUCUUGCAUCUUUAUAUUUAAAAUAUGGUGAUACUCCAUUAUCUCAAGAAACAUUUUUAAGAGCUCAAUCAGUUGCUCCACAAGAUGCUCAAUCUUGGUUGGGCAAUGCGUUAGUUGCUGAUAUUAUAGGAGAUGAUGAGAAAGCUUCAAAUCAAUAUAUUCAUGCUUUUACUCUAUCAAAGGGAAAAUUAGCAUUAGCACAAUUUUUGUAUGGAUUAUCAGUUGCAAAUAGAAGUCAAGGUAGGGAUGUAAAAGACAUUGAAACAGCACAAGAAUUUAGUAUAAGUAAUCAAGCAAUGCAACAAUAUUUGAAAUAUUAUCCUGAUGAUGAAACUGCAUUAAGUAUUGGAUUAGUUAUUACCGAAAGAUGUAAAGAUUUUGAAACUGCGUUGGUGAUUGGUGAAAAAUUGUGUUCAUUAUAUGAAAGAAAAUAUGAAGAAUCAGAAAGUGAAACCAUAUUAGAAAAAUUUGCAUUAACUAAAAGUCAAUUGGCUAGAUUAUAUCUUGCAUUAGGACAAUAUGAUAAAGCAGUAGAAGAAGCUCAAACAGCAAUGGAAUUAGAUCCAGAAUCGGAAACUAUAGAAUUAUCAACUAGAAUAACUUUAGGGUUGUGUUAUUUCUUCCAAAAUAAAUUUGAAGAAUCCAUAGAUCAAUUGAAGAUCAUAUUACAAAAAUAUUCAGAAUCAUCAAUUAUAAUAACAUUAAUUUCUCAAAUAUUAUAUUCUCAUAAUACACCAGAAUCAAAACAAGCAUCAAUUGAUCAAUUAUUUUCUCACAUUGAAAAGAACGGGUCGUCUUUAUUAAUAGUAUUAACAUUAGGUGCAAUAUCAUUAGUUGAUAAUUUACCAGAAUAUUAUGAAGCAAUAAAGGAAGAACUAUUAGGAUUAGACCUUAAUGAAAUAAUAGGAGAUUCAUCAAGACAAAUACCCCACUUAAUUGAAGAAAUUAACAAGAGGAUAGGAACUGAAGAUUCUCAAAUAUGGAGUAGAUAUGCUUUUAUGUUCCCCUUUAGUUUUAAUAUUUGGAAAAAUAUCAACACUGAAAUGUCAAUCCAAGUUUUGAACUUAGCUGAUAACAAAUUAACUGGUGAUGAAUAUUCCACGGCAAUGUUUAAAACUGGUAAAUUAAGAAAUAUUCAACGUAGUUUAUUAUUAAAUCCAAAUUUUGAGAAUUGGUCAAAAGUAUUUACAUAA